AGUCGGAAGCGGCGUUAAAUGUUAAUCCUCCAAAUUUCAAUUCAUCCAAUUCGAAAGCAUCGUGAAGAGAAAUCUUUGGAGCCUAAACUAAAAUUCGCGGUUAGCAGUUAGCAGUAGACGAUUCACUCAAGCCUCAGCAUCAGCAUAAUGAAAACCCCAGCUUCAGGUUUCUACAGAAACCCCGUGAAGUUCAGAAUGCCGACUUCGGAGAAUCUGGUGCCGAUUCGAUUGGACAUAGAAAUCGACGGUCAGCGAUACAAAGACGCUUUCACUUGGAACCCUACCGAUCCUGAUUCCGAGGUCGUACUCUUCGCCAAGAGAACCGUUAAGGACCUGAAACUCCCUCCCGCUUUCGUCACCCAAAUUGCACAAUCCAUUCAGUCUCAGCUCGCCGAUUUUCGUUCCUAUGAAGGCCAAGACAUGUACGCUGGCGAGAAAAUUAUUCCUAUCAAGCUUGAUCUCCGUGUAAAUCAUACUCUCGUGAAGGACCAGUUCUUAUGGGACUUGAACAAUUUCGAGAGUGAUCCUGAAGAAUUCGCCAGAAUCUUCUGCAAAGACAUGGCCAUUGAAGACCCCGAGGUUGGACCAGCAAUUGCCUUUGCUAUAAGAGAGCAGCUUUACGAGAUUGCAAUUCAAAGUGUGGUUUCAGCAAGAGAAAGCAGAUUGAGCAAGAAGGGUCGUCGAGGGGCUGAAUAUGCUCCAGUCAGCAAAGGAGGUGCUGUGGCAGUGGACUUGGUCAAGUUAUUUGGACCAAAAUCUAGUGUAGUUCGGAAAAGAAAGGAAUGGGACGUGUAUGAACCUAUCGUGGACCUUCUUUCCAAUGAAGAAGUUGAUGCCCUUGAAGCAAAAGAAGAACGGAAUUUCAGGUGAAUUGACAGCAUUGCUUAUUUAGAAGGUAGUAUAGUUCUAUUGAAACCUAUAUUAGUUAGAGGGAAUCAUUUUCAAGUUAUUAUUGUACUGUGUGGAAGUUGGUUUCGUAGAAUCAGCAAAUCAACGAGUCAGCAUGUGUUAUCAUAUUAGGUUGUAUCAUUUCUUCAUCUUCAUUCAGUGUACAAAGACGCUAAUCAGUAAUCAGCAUCAAGGCCAAAUUAAAAAAGAAAAUUAAUUACAUCUUAUUAGCAUAGUAUCUAGGGUAAAUUACAUUGAUCUUCUACGAUACUGAACAAUAUUACACAAGUAGUCUUAUCUACCAUGCAAUUUAAGUUACAUGACACUUGAUACUUCCUUUUAUAAAAGUGAUGUUGGCCUUCCUUGUAAACGCGACUGUGAAAAAGAUUAAUGUAGACAUGGAUAACUAGGGGGUGGCAUGUAAAAUAACAUCUCUUAAUCGUAGAGUUUAAUUUAUUCUGGUGUAUAUAUUUUGAAUUUGAUGUGCUUUGUGAUACUAAUUUAUCAACUUAUAUGCACCCGUUACAGUUUACACCUUUCCCUGCUGGGGCAAAAGAACAGCACAUUAUUCCCUGAUUAUUUGAAUACCAUCUAUAACUAUUUAUUAUCUAAGACUGAAAUCAUUAUUUCCAAUCAAUUUCAUAUCACAUAUAAACCUAUGAACCCUCCACGAAAGGAAAAAUGGAAGUAGGGCAGUGUCUUAUAAGGCGUGCAAUAUCUUAUAACAGUAGAGACGGAGGGUUUCAAUUUCAUAGCUAAGUAAAGCUAGGAUGAAAAAACAAGCAAGAAAGAAAUAUGAAGCAGUAACAGAUUGAGAAAUCAAAAUCCUAUGUUUUCCUCUCCCACAUGCCUGGAAAGAAAUGGGAAUAUCCAUGAUAGAAUAAAACAAAAUGUGGGGUUGAGCCUAUCCCAUCUGAGGUUGCCAGGGCCAAUAUGUAAAGACAGACUUUACAGUGGCCCCAUUUCUGUCAUUGUAGAGAAAAUGUCCACACAUACAGAGUUGAAGAUAUUGCUCCAAUACUCAUCUCUCGAGAAAGGUAGAUAAUGGAUCAUGUGGGCUUGUUAUAUCUGCGUUUCAGUACUGAAAGGAACAGGAGGAAG